AUGGAACUCGAAGAAAGAUGCAUCAAGAUGGACGCGUUUUCAAUCAUCAUUAUAUGUCCCGCAAUCUGGGAUCCAUGGUCAACCGAAUUUUAUCAUCGAGAAAGAAACGGACAAUGCGCAGCGCGUGCGGCCGCCAGGGCACAUCGCGCAUCCCGGACGACUGACCGCUGUACGAGUUGUUUUCGAGGUGCUCCGGGGAUAGACACUUGUGUUUGUGAUAUGAACGCAGCGAGACCUCGAGGUGUACCAGCUUUGCAGCAGCUUUUCCGUCGGCUACGUCCAGUAGAUGUUGGAGCAGCAGCACGUUGGGGUCUGCUAGUGGGCCUGACAGCUUUUUGGUUCAUCGAGCCUUAUGAUUGGAUUCGAUCUACGUUCAAGAACAGCGAAACUGAUGACGAAACGAAACAGCCAAAGUAG